AUGGUGUACUCUACUGUUACUAGCUCAUUAUUUGCACCGGCAAUUUGUGCUUCAUCGUCAGUUCCGCCGCCUCCGCCGGAAUCGCUUGCUGUAAAAUCCGGUUCUGUUGCUACAGGGGAAUCGGUUCAGAAAUGGCCGGGAUGGCCUGGGGAUAACGUGUUCAAGCUAGUUGUGCCAAUUGCUAAAGUUGGUGGUAUAAUUGGGCGGAGGGGAGAAGUUGUAAAGAGGAUGUGUAAAGAGACUGGUGCCAGUAUUCGUGUUCUCGAAGGUCCUGUUGGCAAUGCUGAUCAAAUUGUUUUAAUAUCUGGUAGAGAAAAUCCAGAUGCUGAGGUAUCUCCAGCAAUGGAUGCUGCUAUUAGAAUUUUUAAGUGCGUUGCGGGGCUAAACAAUGAUGAUCCAGGAGCAGUAGCUGCAUUUGUGUCUUCAAAGUUAUUGGUGGCUUCAGCACAAGCCAUUCACUUGAUCGGUAAAAAUGGUUCCACGAUCAAUUCAAUACAAGAAAGAUCAGGUGCUGUGCUAAGAGUAUUACCUGCAGAUAAUGUGGCCCUUUGUGUCACUAAAGAUGAUAGGAUUAUUGAAAUACAUGGAGAAGGUCCGAAGGUUCUCAAUGCUUUUGAUGCAGUUGUUAAACUACUGAGGAAGUUCCUGGUCCAUCAUAGCAUGAUACCGAUUUUUGAGAAAAUGUAUCAGCCUUCUCGUCCUGCAUCUGCAGCUGUUUCUGAUUACCAAGACCCUUACUUACUUGAUCAUGGAACUGCCGUGGACUCUAAAACCCCACGGUCUACACUACCGCGAUAUGGACAGGAUAUUGUAACAAAGAUCACAAAGGUUAUGCAAGUCCCGCUGGGGUAUGCUGAGGAAAUCAUUGGUGCUGAAGGCUGUAAUAUAGCAUAUAUUCGCCGCACAAGUGGGGCAACUCUUACUGUGCAAGGGAGCCGAGUACCUGAAGAAAUCACUAUUGAGAUUAAGGGUACCUCAUCAGAGGUUAAAGCAGCUGAACAACUUAUUCAGGAGUUCAUUGAUAACCACCAAGAGCCAGCCCCAAGAAUGUAUGGGACGGGUGAACCUGAGUUUGGUUCUUUUUCGCGUUAUGGUGACCCCUAUUCUUCAUCAUCUUCGUUUCCACCUCAGAGUUUUGAGGGGUAUGGAUCGUCUUUUCCACCUCAGAGUUUCGAGGGGUAUGGAUCGUCUAGUUUAGGAGGAGGAUACAACAGUUAUAGAUACUAA